GUAUUUUUGUCUUUAUGGACAGAUUUCAAUUCGAUGUUUUUACUGCACAAUUUGCGACAUUUUUACGGAAAUCUCCGAGCAUUCAACGAUUAGUACAAAGGCAAAGGAACGCCUGACGGCUAUCUCCAUUGUAAGAUUUUCAUGUCGUACGGAAAGCUMGUCACAAAAGACACUGGGCUUUAUGCAGAUACCGUAGAAUGGUGUCCGCUAGAAUCCUAUCAAGAUAUUCUAGCUUGUGGAACUUAUCAACUUAUCGAAAAUGAUGCAAAACAUCAGCAUUCAGGUCGGCGAAUAGGCGGACUGAAGUUCUACCGUAUCACCGAGUCAGGAUUGGACUUACAAGAGAUUUAUGAAACGCAAACAGAUGCAGGGAUUCUAGAUAUGAAGUGGUAUCCAACCACUAUGAGUGAUAGAGGAAUCCUAGGUGCUGUAACUUCAGAAUCAAAAUUGAAAAUUUGUUCAUUUUUGUUUAAGGAAGGAAUCCAGGCAUUGGAAGAAACCAUUGUAAGCAUAGGAUCUGAUAAAAUAUGUUUAUCAUUGGAUUGGUCUGCUGCUAGUAGUGAGCCCAAGUGUAUUGUAAGCGACUCACAUGGACAGUUAACACUACUGCAAUGUCCUGAGGCAUCAUGGGGACCUAUCUUACAGUGGACUGGACAUGACUAUGAAGCCUGGGUUUGUGCCUUUAACAAAUGGAUACCACACAUCAUUUAUUCAGGAGGGGAUGAUUGCAGAUUAAAAGGGUGGGAUACCAGAUCAGAUUGUGCACAGCCAAUAUUUUCAAGUAAAAAACAUGAGAUGGGUGUUAGCAGUAUACAGURUAAUCCUGUUUACGAGCACAUAAUGGCUACUGGCAGUUAUGAUGAAAAGAUCCAUGUGUGGGACACAAGAAACAUGAAUUCUSCAUUAUGUUCAUCAAAGCCAGGUGGAGGGGUUUGGCGCAUUAAAUGGAACCCUCACACAGGGGAUUACAUCCUAACAGCAUCAAUGUACGAUGGCUUUCACAUACUCUGCUAUGAUGGCUCCAGAAUUGAUCUACUUGUAUCUUUCAAAGAGGAUUUUGAGUUGGCAUAUGGUGCUGAUUGGUGUAGAAAACCUAAAGCAGAGACUCAAAACAAUACAUCUUUAGUUGCAACAUGUUCUUUUUAUGACCACAUUCUUCACUUCUGGCAAGUGAAUUACUGAACAAGAACACCAAACCCAACUAAUAUUAAAAUAAAUUAUAAUGCAAAUGUAGCAUAAUUUCUGCAAGUGACUGUAAACAUUAUUUUUGUGUUUGUACUUUAGGUAAUGUACUCUGACUAGUUAAAAAAUUUUGAAUUGUAUUCCUCUUAUUGACUCUUGAUGUCAUAAAAUGUUCAAGAUUCAAGUGGAUAGCAAAGUUGGGAGCAUUUUAUGACGUCAAGUGUGUUUCAAUAAGAGUGAGUCCCACACCAGUGUGGUAAACACCAUUUCACACAAUUUUUGUUAUAAUUUUAAUUAUAUUAUACAGUCACAUAUUUUUAUCAACCAUAUUUCAUCCUACAAUCAUGUAAAGUAAAAAUAACCCUCUUGUUUAAGUGAUGUUCUCUGACCAAACCUGUCAAAGAAAAGAAACAGUUUAUGUAUUAAAUGGACUGUAACAUACUGCAGACAGUGACAAUUCAAA